AUGGUUGCGGUAGUCCGAUUGGGUGGUGUUGGUGGUUUAGCUGGGUAUGUGGUGGCUGGUGAUGAUGGUGAUGGUUUGAUUGGGUAUGUGGUGACUGGUUAUGGGUUUGAUGGUGACGCAGAAAAAUGCAAACACACGGUAAGUCCUAGGGCACCGGUGUGGUACCGGCCGAAGGCUCUCCGAUGCUUAAGCCUUGGGAGGUGUGCAAUUUGUCUAAAGUUUCGAUGUGGGACUCUGGACAUCAGUUGUGGGACUGCCACGUGUCGAAGGGGGGGAGGUUGCCCUAAUGUUGCGAUCGGUGGGUUUGGUACUGAAGGAGUCCCCCAAGUCCUCUUGCGAGAGUUCUCGGAAGGGGAUUUAGAGUUGUCUCCGGAAGGAAAUGUGGCCCUACCGUUCGGUAGUCCAGUUGGGGGAAGGGGCUCAACUUUGGCCCUUCCGGCAUUAUUUGUUCAGAGGCUGACGUUGGCGAAGUUAGAAGGUCGCGUUGAGUGGAUGGGUGAAGGGACAUCUGAGCGCUUCGACUUCCGCGCCUCGCGUGCCGUCAGUUCCCCAUAG